ACGUGGAUGCAGGGACAAAAGGAAGCAAGCAGGAUAAAUAAGGUCCACACUUGGACAUCUGAAGGAUCUUGCUCAGCAAGGUUGCUGCAGAGGAAAAUGAGCAUGAGUUACCUAUUUUCGGUGUUUGUGAAGGAGCUGCCUGGCUACGUUCUCUUUGCUGGGAUCUUUAUGCCCGUGACUUUACUCCUACUGCUGCUAAUUGCCUACUUCAGGAUCAAAAUAUUAGAAGUUAAUGAGGAACUGGCCAUGGCACAAGACCCUGGAAAGGUCCUCCUGAAUUACCAUGGCCAGUGGCAGAAACCCAGGAGAUCUGGACAAAAAAUGAACAAAUGCAAGAACUGAAGGACAUUUAAGGGAGUCUCAUGUCUCAGGAAGCAAGCUUAAACCCAGUACUCAGCUCUGCAGGUUUAAAAAUAACCAGCUGUAGAUAAAUACCACAGAGGAAAACAAAACAGAGAGGAGAAAUUAGUGCUGUGCCGUUCAACAGCUGCUGCCGUUCAAAAAGGUCUUGUAACAGUUUUGCUUUCUCACAUGAGGCCAAGCAAGCAGUACUUCAUGCAACUCAUCGGACACCAGAGACCUCCUGCAACAUACUGUAUCAGUUCCCUUACAUGACACAGGAUUUGGAGGGGGGAAAGCACCUUGCUCAUUAGCCCUUCCCUAGCAUACUGAGAAGAAAGGUAUAUAACAAGCUCCUGAGAGAGCUGAGCUGACAUAUACAAGGAAGGCAGCCUUAUUAAAUUGAAGGUGCAUAAAUAGCAAGUUCAUAUCAAGCACUGACAUCUAGGAAAUUGAGAAGGGUGAUGAAGGGGAACUGGCUUUUUUUUAUUAGCUUGUACACUGUGGGAAAAAUUGCGGGUUUUGUAAAGUAUGCUUUCCAUAGAAUUUGGAAGCAAAAUGUAACAGCGAUGGGAAACAAAAGGACUUCUCUCUGCUGACUGCCCAUGACAAAUUUUGAAACCAUGAAAAGAUUAAUUAAGUCAGUAUUCUGUAAACCAGUUAUUAAUCUAGUUUAAGGACAAAUGGAUGAUUUUUCAAAUAAAAAACCCUGUAAAUAUA